AUGGUCGCCAAAAUGCAGAAGAUGAGCUUUGCAGCCGUUCAUGGACUCUUCUGCUUGUUGGCUUUGACACAGGUGCAGAGGAUACAUUCCCUAGGAAUUGACCCCAUUGUGGAUUAUGUGUUCCCCAUCUGGCCGACCAUCAAUUGCUUCAAUCCGGCGCGGUCUGACAACAGCCAAGUGACCCCAAGUGCCUCCUUCACAAGCUACCUGACAGCAGUGCAGAACAAGGCCAAGCAGUUCACCCAGAGCGGCCUCUUCUUCACUGCACAGUGCAAGGCGAGCCUCAUCCUGAAGGGCACGAUCGAGUGCUACUAUGUCUUCGACAAGACCAGCUACCGCACAGGGCUCAACACCCUCAAGAACACUGCCCCCUACUCGGGCAUUUCCCUCAACUUCUGCGCCAUCCAGCUGGACGGCGGCCCAGUCAAGACAUCCACCAUCUGCUUUGACAACUCUGGCAUCGACCCCAACCACCCCUAUGUCAUCGCCAAGGUUGAGACGGCCGGGCCGCAAUACAACAUCUUCCAGACGCUGUUUGGCGCCAGUGUGCAUGACGACAACGUGAGCCCGCCGCAGGACUACACCAUUUCCUACACCUGCUACUUUGUGUGA